AUGCCAAGGUCUGUGGAGCCAAAGCCGUUGACGUCGGCCUUCGAGAGCCCGACUUUCGGAGAGGAUAGCUCGUUCCAUGUGGAUCAGCCCGUCGGCUCUAUGUCAAUAUCACCGUGUGGUCGAGAUGUCGUCUUAGCAUCAAAGGAAGGCCUUCAUGUGAUCGAUCUUGAUUCGCCAUACUCACCACCGCGAUAUCUUCCCCAUCACACGCCAUGGGAAGUUGCAGACGUUCAGUGGUCGCCAUUUGCGGCUCGCGACUAUUGGGUAGCCAGUACGUCCAACCAAAAGGCAUUGGUAUGGAAUUUAGCAAUGAAGACCGGCAACAAUUCCAUAGAGCAUGUAUUACAUGCCCAUUCUCGGGCUAUAACCGACAUUAACUUUUCAGCGCACCAUCCGGACCUCAUCGCUACCUGUUCCGUUGAUAGCUUUGUCCACAGCUGGGACUUACGGACACCUUCCCGCCCAGUUAUUUCAUUUUCCGACUGGUUUGCGGGCGCAACUCAGGUUAAGUGGAACAGGCAAGAUUCCCAUGUUAUCGCUAGUUCACACGACAGGUUUCUCCGGAUAUGGGAUAACAGAAUGGGUGCAUAUCCAAUACGGUCCAUCGAAGCCCACAGCACCAAGAUCUACGGUGUCGAUUGGAAUAGAGUUCGACCCGGUGCUCUUUUAACUUGUUCGCUCGACAAAACCAUCAAGUUUUGGGACUACACUGUUGAAGGUGAUGUGCCGGAGAAACUCAUUCGGACGCCUUUCCCAGUGUGGCGUGCAAGGAACACACCGUUUGCGUGGGGAGUCCUAGCAAUGCCCCAAAGAGGCAACAGUGAUCUCCAUUUGUACAGCCGCAGGGCCGGAGAGGGCAGCAAGCCUGAGGAAAAUCUUCCCCUCGUCCAUAGCUUCCCAGGACACAAGGGGCAGGUGAAGGAAUUCCUCUGGCGAUCUCGUGGAGGAAUUGAGGAUGGAACUGACCAUAGGGAAUUUCAACUCGUUUCCUGGGGAACAGAUAAGGAGCUCCGUUUGCACCGGGUUGACCCUGACAUUCUGCAGCGCGUCGGAUACGAGAAGGGAAAGUCUUUCAUAUCUAAUCUAAACCUCACUCGCCAAGGUGCGGUUUACAAAUCAUUUCGCGAUGAAAGUGGUGACCAGGAGUUUGAUGAUAUUGAACCUGCUCUAUCAUCGAGCCCCAAUAUAUCUAGAGGUGGUGUAGGCAUGAACACGAUAUCGGUACCAUAUGGUCGUACUUGGACUCAAAGGGGCAACGUUGACUCGAGAGUCGGCAUGCAGGGGAGGUCGAACUUCAGGGCUGAUACUAAUCCUAUAUCCUGGAUGCGUGGUGUGAAAAUAUCUGGAUGGGAUAUUGAAACUCUUGGGGAUGAGAUAACCCACGUUGGGGAGAAGUUUACAAAGGUUGCUUUUGAGUCAGUUGAUGUUAGACAACGGAAAGCUACAAUCUCUCUUCAUGGGCCAUGGGGAACAGCUGGCACGUCCUUAUUCCUGAAAGUCGACAUAAGGUUCCCCAACGACUAUCCCAGGGCCGCUGCUCCAGUAUUCAGCGUCCAGAAGACGACAGCUGUUACUGACCAGCUAUCCUCGAAACUUAUCUCGGAGCUCCGGACAAUUGCGGAGACGUAUCUUUCUCACAAGCGAGGUUGUCUGGAGGGAGCCGUCCGUUAUCUCUUGGGAGAAUGCAGUAUGGAAGAGAGUGUCUCAUGGAUCCUCGGCGAGUCUGGAGAUAUCGUCAGAUCACCUGUCAAUGGGGAAAUAGGCGGUGAUGAAUCGAGCGAUGAGGACGAUGUUGGCAUGUCUCAAAGUCAGGAUCUAGCAAUGAGUUCCGAAUUAUCUCGGCCCAUAAACGCGAACGCCAUGGUUCCUGUUGCGAGGGUUUGUGGUGCAUUUUGGGCGAAUGAUGGUCGUCUUGUGUGCUUCUUCCCUCCUAAAAAAGAUAAAUCUGCAUCUUUCCUAGAAGACUUGGGUUUCAAAGAGAUGACCAGACUGUCCAGAGGUGAUAAGGUUUUUGAAGGAUUCGGCCGUCUACAGACAAGCUCUCCAGAGCCACAAGUGACAAGUACGCUAGAGAGUACCGACGAUGGCGCUUCUGAUUACUCCGAUGAUUCUUAUACAGACUCUUCAAGUUCAUCAGGAUCGUCUGACAUAUUAUCAGGGUUGCCACCGCGUCUUCCCGGACCCCAAACCUGGCGCAGUGCUGGAAGUUUUGGACUACACCGACUACGGUCUACUGAUAACUCUCAGAGGUCAGUUCCUGGUGCUCUUACAGCCAGAUCAUCCGACACCCCACAUAAUGUGUUAUCAAUCCACAAUCUAAGCAAUUUGCUACCGGCGAAACGCGAACUGGCGAGCAGAUAUCGCAUUUGUGGCAAAGGGGCUGAGGUUUGUGCCCAUAAUGCAGCAGUGGCCCUCGAUGCUGGACACCAUGACCUAGCCCAGAUUUGGGGAUUAGUUAGGCAAAUAUUACAUGAUCGUGUAUCUGUCGAACGUUUGUCUAAUCCAAAUUUGUCGGGGCGUCGUCAAUCAACGCAGAUACGGAAGAAGGAUAGCGCAGUGGAUCUAAGCUACGACCUUCGUGACGAAGACGAAUAUUCUAAGACUGCUGCAAGCAACGUCAUCCAAUGGGGAAGUCAUCCUUUCGGCGGUUACUGGCUUAUACCCUCCCUCUUUGAUCAUUUCGAGCGUAUCGGCGAUGUUCAGAUGGUCGCGAUGCUUUCUUGCGUCCUCCAUCAAUCAAAACCAAGGAGCUGGUCAACAGCAAGGCGGGUGAAACAGCAGCGACAGGGCUCCUCAGACUUCUUCUCCGCUGUUCCGCUCACACAAAAUAAAUCAUCUCAAGCCGCGGCACCUCUCAUUUCUUUCCCUAAAGAUAAACAUGACACGUUUACCACUAACACCUCUGAACGUUCUUCUACUGAGAUUUUGCGUGAUUCAACUUCUGCAUACUCAACGGGGACAACUCUAUCUUUCGCAUCUCGUCCUGGUGGCAUCAUUGCGGAACGAAAAUCGCACAGUCAUAAUACUUCAAUCGCAGCUUCUCCCGACCAGCAAUCUCAACCGCGAAGCGGGUCUGGAUUUGGAUCUGUCCUUGCAUCUUCCCUUUCUCGUUCUUUCACCUUCGGACCUUCAUCAGCGUCGCCGCCGACGAACGCUUUUCAUAGGAGCAAAACUGGUCUAAGUGAGAGUCCUAACACUACGACCGAGUCUGUGAUAUGGACAUCCCAUGCAAGGCCUGUGGAUUCCAUGGCCAGCUCGGCUGUUGUCACUUCACAUACGUCACAUACUCACUCGGAUUCUGGGAGUGAGAGACCCCAGCAACCUGAAAAGGGGUCAGCCAAAUUCAAAGUUACUUUCAAAAACCAAGAGCGUUUCGAUGAUGAUGGGCCCUCCUACAAUCCAUGUCCUGGGAUUCCAUUCCUCGAUUCCAAGGAAGGCUGGUUGUACUCGUCAUAUUGCGCAGCAUACGCGGAGAUGCUAGCCAUGUGGGACCUGCCAGUGCAGCAGAGCGAAGUUCGCAAAAUCGGUGGGCUACUUAAAUAUCUUGCUGACGGGCGUAAAAGUCGUUGGCAUCGCCGUCCUUCAAAGGAGUCAUUGUCUCUUUCCCCACCCAAACACCGGGACUCCACACCGGUUGCUAUCGAGUCGGAGAACCAAGCGCUGGACAUUCAACGUCAUUGCAACAGAUGUGGCCGCGCGCUUCGAAUCUCCAUCUUCUCGACAUGGGCUUCUGCGUCGCCUUCGCUCCUGAAACGAUCUGAUAGAAAGGCCUCGGCUCCAAAGUGCCCCGCCUGCGAUCCCAGUCAGCCACUAUCCAUCAGACCAGCCUGCGUUCUUUGCGGCGAAGUUGUAGAAGGAAUGCUCGUUCCUUGUCUCAACUGUGGGCAUGUAAGUUGUUUUGAGUGCCACCAGCGGUGGUUUUUGGCUCAUCCUAGUCCACCAACUGAUAGAGAUGAUGCUGGCGAUAUCCACAGCCGUGGGCGAGAUUUUCAAUUUUGUCCGACCGGGUGCGGCUGUAACUGUACAGAGCAUAUGGUGGUAGAGGUUACAACUCCUCGAGAUCCUCGGUCACGUCGUCCAGGAAGCGAGGCUAGUUCUCUUUAUGCCAGCCAUAGCCCUCAGAACAAACCUCAAAGCCGUCGGUCUGGGGCAGCAUCGGUUAGCGACCGUUCAAUCAAGGUUGAGGCGACUGAGGAUCUGAAGGGCUGGCACAACUCCCCUUUCGCAUCACUUGCAAGGGGACUGGGCGGCGGUCUCAGCCGAGGCUUACGUCUGGAAGAUGACAAGAGCAAAUCAAGAGCUGGAACUAACAGUGUGUCCGCCAGCAGGAAGCCUUCUUUGGGCCAGAUUGCGACAAGGUGA